AUGAAGCAAGGCUCAUUUACCUUUCAAACAACGCUUCUCGUCUUCUACUCUUCCCGCAUUCCUGAAAGUGCUACAAUACAAACCCUGGCCUUUCGAGCCGCUGGGCAGCUUCCAGAUCAUUUUGAGGUGUUCAUGGAGUCUAUGACCACACGUAUCAUGGACUUGAACACGCCAACGCUCCACACGAAGGAGACAAUCGCUCCUCUGGCUCUCAAGAAUGGACAUCGCGACUUGUACGAGAACCUCUGUUCAUUUGGAGUAGACUUGACGAUACGAGAUGGCAAUGGGGAGGCUGUGCGGGCGGUGAGAACGGAGCAAUCGUGGCCACGUGAGGUAUCGAGAGAGGCGGCAAGUACUCAGCAAGUGGAAGCUACGGACAAGAGCUCGGUAGCGUAUAGAAACAGUCAACGUCCCGCACAUCGUAAGCGAACUGCGUUUAUCCAACGCGGAGCAGCGCUUCAAAGAGCUGGAAAAGGCCAUGAGAGCUCGACAAGGAAGAGGAAACGCAAGAGCGGCGAAGCUUCUGCAACGUCUGCCGCAGCAGAAAUGCCUAACUUAAUUGAAACUUUGUUCCUUGGAGCAAAAACGACGUCGAAUAACGCCGAUGUUUCACUUGCGAACACUUCGGCCACAUUCGCUCGCUUGCGAGACCUCAAUAUCCUUGCAGAAGACAAAGCCAACGACGUAUUAUACGCAUGCAACGUCAUCAGUCAGCUCCGAGAGGCAACUGCCCAGCCCUCUGACUCUAGCGAACUGGGCAUGGGCAGUGUGGACUCGCAGAAGCUGACGCCACACCCGUUAUCCACCUCAUGCAAAAGUUCUUUCAAGUUGGCCACGCUUGCGCCUGUGCGUCGUGAGCUCUCAGAGCUCACUGAGCUCAGCUCACUGUAG